CUGGAGGGAUCGCCGCUCACAGCCCGGUGUCCGUACGAAUUCUUUCGUCUUCACCCACCUUAUCCUGCCCCAGGUUGCCGAGAGCAACCUCCCACCGCUACCCCUCCUCCGAAGUCCCGGCUGGAGGCUAGGGGCGACCCCUCAGGCUCUCGCUCGGCCCUCGCCCCCCGCGCCCGCGGAGCCGUUCGCCCGCGGCCUCGGCGGGACGAUGCUGGAGUCCAUUCGGGUGACGGUCCAUCAAUAUUAUGGAACUAACUUUACAGAAAUAUGGAAGUUAUGAAAAAUUUGAACAGGCUACUGGUGGUAGUCUGCUAUCUAAAACUCGAAUCUGGAGUCAUGUUAGGAAGUACAUGAUGAAAGAAGGCUGCAUGGGUGAGAUUGUGGUACAUCUCACUGAGGACCUACUUUCCCGAGCUUCAAUGACAGUAGUAAAUGGGUGCCCAACGCUGACCAUCAAUAUUUCCACUGCACGUGAGCACUGGCUGGAGGGAAUGCUGAGGCAUGAAAUAGGCACACAUUAUUUUCGAGGUAUUAACAAUCUCCAACAGCCAUGGAACAAUUGGACUGGCCGUAAAAAACAUGACCUAAAGCCAAACAAUCCCACAGAGGAAGGACUGGCAAGUAUUCACAGUGUCCUGUUUAGAAAAGACCCCUUUUUGUGGAGGGCUGCCCUCCUCUACUACACUGUUUAUCAAGCCAGUCAAAUGUCUUUUUGCGAACUCUUCAAAGAUAUUGGAAAAUUUGUAAAGGAUCCUAAUACAAGAUGGGAUUAUUGUGUGCGAGCCAAGAGGGGAUGGACUGACACUUCCCAGGCAGGGUGUUUCAGUAAAGACCAGGUAUACUUGGAUGGCAUCCUGCAAAUCCUCCGAUACAGAGAGAGUAUUGACUUUCCUCUAUUGACUGCCCUGGGGAAGGUUUCUUAUGAAGAUGUGGAUCGUCUAAAGGGAUUGGCAGUUAUUGAAAACAUGAGGGUCCCCCACUUCUUGCAGGACCAUGACCGAUACAUGGAACAUUUGGAGAAGAUUAUGGAAGUGAAUGAACUAACAGAUAGGGAACUGAAAGAUCUUAUAUGUUAAUUAGCAUUCUUGCAAACAUAGCUGAGUUAUUCAAACAUAGCUGAGUUAUUCUUCUAUGUGUAUUACCAAUCAGGUGCAGUUUGCAUCAGCAAAUUUAUAAAAGAAAAAUGACUUAGUUUACUUGAGUUUCUCAAAAUGGUCUGCAAUAUAUUAUUGAAUUUUUAGAUUUUAAAUUUAAAAAUGUUUCUGUACAAUGCAAGGGAAAGUUAGUCUUAUUUUUAUCUGAAUCUCAACUGCCAGAUGAAAAUACUACUGAUUAGUGAGUGGUCAAAAUGAGCAAUAAAUUUCUACCUGAGCAGUAAGUGCUGAUCUUAGUGCUUCUGCUUCAGCACCAAGAACAGGUGUGAGUAGAGAUUGAAUCCAGUAUUGUUCACACUCCAGGGCUAUAUUUUUAUCUGAUAGUAGCAAUUAUCCUCCUUUGCAAAGCUAUUAUUCUUAUGUCCCAAACAACUAGCACUAAGUAAAAUUUUUACUUUCUGUUAAGUAAUGCUAAAGAUGGGAUAAGUACUUUGAAAAGUUUUCAUUAGUCCUUUAUUUUACAUAUUGCCACUUCACCUACUCAGCUUCUAAGAGCUAAAAUUAGAGAAUUAUCUGUUUUCAUAUGCUGAAAGUUAUUAUACAUCUUCAAAAUUGAACCAAAUUUUCUUAGAGUCUUACCCACUCCAUUCUUUUAUAUAAAUAUUAAAUUCAAGUUUCAGAGAGGUUUGUCUACAGAAAUAAAAAUAGCUGAGUAAGAGAGAAGGCACUCCCUUUUUAUUAAGUAAAGCAACUAGUAAGAGAAAAAUAGAUUGAUCAUCUAGAAGCUAGAUGUUGACUGGGCAGUAUCUAUGGUAAAUUUGAACAUGGUCUGAAAAAUGGAAUUUCUGAGUGUUGCAAUUUGAUAAAUUGGUUUUAUGAUGCUGCCUUAGUAGUUAUCAAAAUUUCAUCAACCUAAUAAUGAUAUUAUUUGAAAUUAUAUUUCUCUUGCUAAAAGUAAUAUAUCUAGCUCUGUAAUGUAUCAAUUAUGAUAUAUCCUUGGAGAUUAUAUAUAUAUUUACACACAUAUAUUUACACACACACAAACAUACAUACAUACAUACAUACAUACAUACAUACUUGGGAUCAAAUGGUUCCUCAGACAACUAAUUUGAAUGAUCAGAAAAAAUGUGGGUGUAGUAAAUACCCAUUUAAAAUGCUACUGUGAUUUCUAUCUAAAGCUAUCUGAAACUUUGUUUACCUCAAUUCAGACUUAAAUAUGGUGCUAACACUGUUAGAUGUAUACUACAAAGCCUGGUCCACAUUCAUACUAGAAAGUUAUUUGAAAAAUCUUUUGCAAGUUAUGUAAUUCUUCUCUUUCAAAUAUCUAGAAGGGCUUGCCUUAAGAAUGUUGCAAUAAACAGGAUAUACAAUUAGAAGCUUGGUAGCUCUUGCUUCUAGAACUAGUUCUGUCUCAUCUUUGGCUAUAGCAAGUCAGACCUUUUGCAGCAUUGAAGGUGCCCACAUAAUGUGUGUGACCAGUUGGAGUUUGGCCUGCAAGCUUUCUGCAGGGCUGGGGGCCCUCUGUGCCGGUGUUAACAAGACAUGGGAAAAACACCUUCACUCCUCAAACAUUAUUUCUUUGUGGCAGAGUCAUGCAGUUUCAGCUUUGUGUAGUGUUUUCUGACUUCAUCUUUAAACUUAUCAGAGGUGAUUAUGAAAAUAGUGUCCUAGUAACUAGAACUAAAAUAUAGACAGAUAGCAAACUUUAUGUCUUGUAAUUUAAGUGCAAAUAAUUGUAAAUUACAUUGUAGUCAAUAACACCAUUCAUCUUUACAUUAUAGUUUAAAUAUAAAGGAAAAUCGCAACAGCCUUAAUUUCCUACUAGAAGGGUUAUUUGCAGUGGUUCUAGUCCCUGAAUUUAAACAUGGAUAGAUAAUCUAUCUGAUUUGGGAAAGGAAAAUAAUUCUUGCCUUAUUUCUUUGAUAUAAAGACAAAAACAAGCACUACCUAGACAAAAAAUGAACUUAAAUCACAUUGAUUUUCUUAAGCUACUUUAAAAGUUAGCAAUGAACCAAAAAUUAUUUCAGAUUAGCAUAAAUACUUAGAGCUCUAAUCUUUAAAAGUUGGUAUUGAAGAUCAGCAAUGUUUAUUAUUAGGUCUCUUGCAAUAGCAUUAAAGUCAAUUUUGUUCUCUAAAAGUUCUAAUAAGUAGAAAAUUAUAAUAACAGUACUUAGGAGAGAGAAUAGUUGGAGAUCAUAUUAAUUUUCAUUGUUAUAAUUACAUGCUAUAUAGGAUAUUGAGGAUGGAUUAGAAUUUCAUAAGUUUUGUAAUUUUAACAUGAUUGUUAAUAAAAAUUCUGUUAGGUUUUCACAUGUGAGAGGAGUUAAAAUUAACAUUUGUAAACAUAAAUCCAUAGUCUAUUUCUUUAUAUUUUCGCCUUUGUAAAAGUAUUUAAAAUUUGUACUGUUUUGUAUAUAUUGGGGCAUUUUGUGUCUAGCUAUAACAGAAGUAAAUAGUACUGAAGUUCUCAAAUGAAAUAUGUAGAUAUGAAUGCAUGCAAAAUUCUAUUCUUUGAAAAACUAAUUAUAUUUUUAUUGUGGUGCUGCUUUUUAUUGUGUGGUAAUUAUUGAAAGGACCAUUAGUUACAUUCUUCCUCUAGUAUACAUAAAUAUAGAGAAAUACCUACAUUUUCCACACUCCACCUUUCCUCUAAGAAGUUCAGCUUAUACUAUCAUAAAUAGGAUGAACAGAAUAGAGAGAGAUGAUUUUCUUUUAAAAUAUCAUUUUGGUCAUUCAGCACAUACUUAAUCUGGAUCCAUUGAAGAGGAGGAUCUAUGCUGAACACCAGCAGUCCUCUGAUGAGGAAGACAAGAACUGAAGUCACAAUCUUGUGGGAAAGAGUGUCACAGAACCAGGUCAGGUCCCAUACCUAGAGAGUGCUACCAAGUAAACUCAUUCAAAUAGGCCCAUAUAGUUGAGUAGAGGGAGGGAGAUCAGAUGCAAUGUGGUGAGCUUCACAAUAUUUUAUUACCAUUCUUUGUGAGGCUUAUCUGAAAACUGAGCAGCUUUAGUCAGGAACAGGAGUAGUCCAUGAAUGCAGCUGCUUAGAUUGUCAGAAGCCUGGAGGGAGCAGAUAGAUGUUCAAAUAAGUCACCACUUUGUAAAGGUCUUGGUCUUUGAAUUCAGAGUUUUGCUGAACUGUGAAAGCCAUGUCAACAAGUUAGGAUUUCAUUCUUUUUUGUUCACUCUGAUUCCAAUAGCUAAAGAAAUUAAUGCCAGGAUGUGGAAAACUAAUGUUUGUCAUCCAGUGAUGGAACAACAUUAGGACUAUGUAUAAUUUCACGAAUACAGAGGGAGAGCCUGUGAAGAGGAAACAAGGGUGGCCAUUUGCAAGCCAGGGAGAGGCCUGGAAUAGAUCCUCUACUUCUGUCCCUCAGGAGAAAUCACGCCUGCCAACACCUAGAUCUUGGAUUUCUGGCCUUAAAAACUAUAAGAAAUUAGACCUGGGAAAAGGAGGACAAAGCAGAGAAAGAGUAGAAAUUUGAACACAGGGAAGGGAUUACUUAGCAUUUGUUUCUUUCCAGCCACCCAGUUAUCCUAAUUAAAGACAACCAACAUCAGAAAGAUGCUAGCAACAUGACCAAAUUAAGUACCCCUCAUUCAACUCUUUCCAUCACGAUUUGACUGACAUUGAUAGACAAAAGUGUUUUUGUGAAACUUUGGGAUCUAGCAUCUCAUGUGAAGGGACCCAGGGAGAGUCUGGCCCACCCAGGCAUCAUGGAAUAGCCAUACAGAACUAGGUAACAGCUUGGACUUUGCAGUAGCCCAUGACUGACUCGAUCCCCUCUCAGCCUCAGUCCAUCGAACCUUGGAAAACACAUAAUCACCCUUGGACAAGAGAGCCUUUGUGGGAGUCCAGGUUUGUACCAGUUUCCAACUUAUACAAGUCAUAUAGAGAAACUGAACAAAGGAUCAGGAAAAAAAGACAAAAACUAUUAUGCAAACUGUAAAUCUGAGACAUAGAGCAGGGGAGGGAGAGGGAUCAAAACAGGAAUGAAUAACACAAAGAAUUAAUGGUGAUGAUUUACAGGUGACAUGGUGGUGAUAAAUUUUACGAGGAUUACAUCCUACUGAGUGUGAGAAAAUAUUUACACAUCACAUAUCCAACAAGUGGUUAAUAUCUAUGAUCUACAAAGAACACAUACAACUCAACAAGAAAACAAUCAUAAAAUUGGCAAAAGUACUAAAUAGACACUUCAACAAGAAGAGGUACAUAUGUUCAGGAGGAACAUAAAAGUAUGCUUAUUCCUUAUCAGGGAGAUGAAAAUCAAAGUCACAACUGACACCACUUUAUACUUAUGAGAAAUAGCAUAUAUCAAAAAGACUAGAAACAACAAAUAUUGAUAAUGGU